AUUUUUAUGAAACAGUUUGUUAUGAUUUUGUAAAACACGUGGCAAUUGGCGUUGGAUUUGCUAAAUUGCAAUCAAUUACUCAAUUAAACCAAAGUUUAAGACAUUUGUGGAAAGUAUGGAUAAUUUAGUGAAACAGAUGCUCUCCUUCUACGACAAGAACUCCACAUCAGUGGCCAUAAUAGUGGCGCUGAUUGUCGUCUUUGGCACCAUUCUCAUAUAUUAUGUGUUGUCGCGGAAGUCAUCCCGAAAUGCCGUCCUUUUGGUUGGUCUGUCAGACUCCGGCAAAACAGUGCUCUUCACUCAAUUGGUGGCCAAGAAGUUCGUGUCAUCCGUGACGUCGAUGAAGGAGAUGUCAAACACGCUUCGGCUGUCGAACCACAAGACCAUUGAACUGAUAGACUGUCCCGGCUUUGAACGCUUGCGGAUGAAGUAUUGGGACGACUAUAAGGUGAGGGCAAAGGGUGUCCUCUUCGUGAUCGACAGCACAGACUUUGCCAACACUGGCAAAGACGUGGCCGAUCUGUUGUACAACUUUCUGGUGGACCCACUGGUGGUGACCCAUAAGAUCCCAUUCCUAAUCGCGUGCACCAAACAGGACGAGACGAGAGCCAAGUCAUCGAAAGUACUUCAGAAACAACUCGAGAGAGAAAUUACUGCCAUCCGUGAGACCCGUGCCGGCGCUCUCGGCUCUACCGGUGAGGACGACACGAGUCGAUCCAUUCUUGGAAAACUGGACAAAGAGUUCGCUUUUAAUGAUAUCAAAAAUGAGGUGCAAUUUGCCGACUGUUCUGCCGCUGAAAGCAAUACUCAAUUGGAUUCAGUCCUCAAUUGGAUUAAAAGUAUUGCUUAGGAUUUGUGUUGUUUUCUGUAUUCAAACGAGAUUUCUAUUCAUUCAUUUGUACAGUAUUUUUGUGGCAAUUAAUAAACUAAAUGUAAAACUAAUUGACA